GCCGGGUUGGUGCUGGCUGGCGGGUUGGCCACUAGGUUGGCAGUUAGUCCUUGGGCCAGUGGCCUGUCGUUGGGUUCUCGGCUCUUAUGUUGGAAAGUGAGAGAGACACAGGAGCAAACCGCACACCUGAGCCUCCGGGAGAGAAGCUGUGCUCAGGCAUCCAGGAUGACUCCUCAGCAGCUUCAACCUCUAACACAAGACCACGUUUCCCGGGGGCUGGAGAGAUGGCUCAGCUGGUAAAAGCAGUGUCUGCUCUUCCAGAGGUCCUGAGUUCAAUUCCCAGCAACCACAUGAUGGCUCACAACCUAUAUACUGAAAUCUGAUGUCCUCUUCUGUAGCAGCAGGGGGAGACUGAACAGAGAAAAGGAGCCAUGACUUCCGAUGCUAGUCAUAUGCUGGAAGCUGCCCUGGAGCAGAUGGACGGGAUCAUUGCAGGCCUGAAGACAUGUCCCCUUCCCUCAAGUGGCCCAUUAAAGCUCAGACCUUGGGAGCCUGAAGUGAUGGCUCAGCAGUUGAUGGUUAAGCAGUUGAGAGUGUGCAUUACUCUUACAGUGGACCUGACUUCAGUUCCCAGCACCCAAGGCACUAAAGCAGUUGCAGAUGUUGGUGAUGGUACCUGUGAGCCUGGGCUGUCUCCUUCAUCUUCCAGUAUGAACUCUGUACCUGUGCUCCAUCUUAUUGAGGACCUGAGACUGGCUCUGGAGAUGUUGGCACUUCCUCAGGAAAGAGAAGCCCUCCUGAGCCAGGUCCCUGGCCCAACAGCUGCCUACAUAAAGGAGUGGUUUGAAGAUAGCUUGUCCCAGGUAAAUCACCACACUGCUGCUAGUAAUGAAACCUACCAGGAACGCCUGGCACGGCUAGAAGGAGAUAAAGAGUCCCUCAUACUACAGGUGAGCGUCCUCACAGACCAAGUGGAAGCCCAAGGAGAGAAGAUUCGGGACCUUGAAGUGUGUCUGGAAGGACACCAGGUGAAACUCAAUGCUGCGGAAGAGAUGCUUCAGCAGGAGCUGCUAAGUCGCACAUCUCUAGAGACUCAGAAGUUGGAUCUCAUGACUGAAGUGUCUGAGCUGAAGCUCAAGCUGGUUGGUAUGGAGAAAGAGCAGAAAGAACAAGAGGAAAAACAGAGAAAAGCAGAGGAGCUACUACAAGAGCUCAAGCACCUCAAAAUCAAAGUGGAGGAGCUGGAGAACGAACGGAACCAGUACGAGUGGGAGCUGAAGGCCACUAAGGCUGAGGUAGCCCAGCUGCAAGAACAGGUGGCCCUAAAAGAUGCCGAAAUCGAGCGUCUUCACAGCCAACUCUCCCGGAGUGCAGCUCUUCACAAUGACCAUGUAGAGCGAGAUCAAGAAAUCCACCGUCUGAAAAUGGGGAUGGAAACACUGCUGGUUGCCAAUGAGGAUAAGGACCGUCGGAUAGAGGAGCUGACAGGGCUAUUGAACCAAUACCUAAGGGUGAAGGAGAUUGUGAUGGCAACUCAGGGGCCAUCAGAGAGAACACUCUCAGUCAAUGAAGAUGAAGCAGAGGGAAGCUUCAGAAAACGGAAUGCCACGAAUAAAAGUCCAGAGGAAGUAUUGAAGCAAGAGGCAUCCCCACAAUGCAGCUCUCCCACCCCAGGACCACCUCCUUUGCCACAGAAAUCGUUGGAGACCAGGGCUCAGAAGAAACUUUCCUGUAGUCUGGAAGACUUGAAACGUGAAUCUGGGGAUAAGUGUAUUGAUGGGAACCAGCUGUCCCUGAUAGGAGAGCUCAAGGACAGCUCUUUCCUGGCAGAGCAGAAAUACCCUACAUUACCCGGGAAGCUCUCAGGAGCCACGCCCAAUGGAGAAGCUGCCAAGUCUCCUCCCACUGCCUCCCCCCAGCUUGACUCUUCAGGGGGCAGCCUGAUGAAGCUGAGGCUGGACUUUGGCCUCUCUUGCUUCUUCAUGUGGCUUCUCUGCUUCUGGGUUGCUGGAGAUCGCGGCUGGAGUGUCAGUGCUCCCAUAUUAGGUACUGUGCCUUUUCCAGGAGACACAGAAGGUGUUUGGGAAGAUGUAGUGGUGGCCAAUGAACUCUCAUCUGCUUCGUCUGGUACUGAGUCAAGCCCCCAGUCUCCCAUAACACCAGAUGGCAAACGGAGCCCCAAAGGCAUCAAGAAAUUCUGGGGAAAAAUCCGAAGAACUCAGUCAGGAAACUUCAACACUGAUGCACCAGGGAUGGCAGAAUUUCGACGAGGUGGGCUCCGGGCAACCGCAGGGCCAAGACUUUCUAGGACCAGGGACACCAAAGGACAGAAAUGUGAUGCAAAUGCCCCCUUUGCCCAGUGGAGUACAGAGCGUGUAUGUGCAUGGCUGGAGGAUUUUGGCCUGGCUCAGUAUGUGAUCUUUGCCAGACAGUGGGUGACAUCUGGCCACACACUACUGACAGCUACCCCUCAGGACAUGGAAAAGGAGCUAGGAAUUAAACACCCCCUCCAUAGGAAGAAGCUGGUUUUAGCAGUGAAAGCCAUCAAUGCCAAGCAAGAGGAGAAGUCUGCGCUGCUUGACCACAUUUGGGUGACACGGUGGCUUGAUGAUAUUGGCUUACCCCAAUAUAAAGACCAAUUUCACGAAUCAAGAGUUGAUGGGCGGAUGCUGCAAUACCUAACUGUGAAUGAUCUACUCUUCUUAAAAGUCACCAGCCAACUACAUCAUCUCAGCAUCAAAUGUGCUAUUCACGUGCUACAUGUCAACAAGUUCAACCCCCACUGCUUGCAUAGGAGGCCUGCUGAUGAGAGUAACCUUUCUCCUUCAGAAGUUGUGCAGUGGUCCAACCACAGAGUAAUGGAGUGGCUGCGAUCUGUGGACCUGGCAGAGUAUGCACCAAACCUUCGUGGGAGUGGUGUCCAUGGUGGCCUCAUUAUCCUGGAGCCACGCUUCACUGGGGACACCCUAGCUAUGCUUCUUAAUAUACCCCCACAGAAGACGCUCCUCAGGCGCCAUCUGACCACCAAGUUCAACUCCCUGAUUGGUUCUGAGGCUGAACAGGAAAAGCGAGAUAAAAUGGCCUCACCAGCCUACACACCUCUGACCACCACAGCCAAAGUUCGGCCUAGGAAACUCGGAUUUUCACAUUUUGGAAACAUGAGAAAAAAGAAGUUUGAUGAAUCUACGGAUUACAUUUGCCCCAUGGAGUCCGGUGAUGCUGUCAGUGACAGUCACAGGGUCUACAGUGUUUACCGAAGCCUCAGUCCCCUUGAUAACCAUGAACUAGAUGGGCUGGACCAGGUGGGACAGAUAAGCUGAUGCCCCUGUCAUCUGCCCUUUCUGUGCACGGAGAGCUUACAGUAACCCCGCGUGUCACCGUGUAACUGCAUUUCACCCCCACCUUGUGCAUGACCUGCAGAAAACAGCAAGUUUGUGCCUUUGGGCUGGUCUCCCCACACACCCUAAGGAUGGCCAGGAUAUGCAGUUACACAGCUGCAAAGGGGUCAGACUUUGGGGACUAUAGCCAAGAGUGUGGGCUCAGAGGAAAUCAUCUGAAGACAUUAUACAUAGUUAGUAAUUCUUAAUAUCCAUAUUUCACCUGGAAACACAUGAUCAGAGGCAGCUCUGGGCACUCCUGAGAGGCUCAGGUCUCAGACACUGCCCCUAUGCCCCAGUUGAGGGAAGAAUUCAAGUGCCUUAGGCCUGUGGGUCAGAGUCUUGGCUGAGAUCAAAGGGGCAACAGUGGGUAUUUAGGCCAUGGUGAAAACAUCAUUUGAUUGUACCUUACUGUGGGGUAGCAACUUCUUUCUGAUAAUAAAAACAAUAUUUAUGUAGAAAA